AUGAAGCUGAUGAAGCUGUUCUUGGUGAUCAUUGUUUUCAUGAAUAUAAUCUUGAGUUUUUGUGCUGCAUACCAGGAAGAAGUAGAAGAAAACAAAUAUGAGAAUUAUGGAGAAGAAGAAUCUCCUUCCUCCAAUGAUGAUGAUGAUGAUGAAGAAGUACAUGAAUCGGAGGGAAGGUCACUCAGGCAAACGAAGCAAACUCUGAGACUGACUUGCAACAAGUUUCCAAGGAUUUGUGGGUUUAAAGGCAGUCCAGGACCCAACUGCUGCAAGAAGAAGUGUGUGAAUGUAUCGAGGGAUCGAUUUAACUGUGGGAGAUGCGGAAAGAAAUGCAAGUUCAAUCAGAUUUGCUGCAAUGGGAAAUGUGUUAACCCUUCAUUCAACAGGAGGCAUUGUGGAGGAUGCAACAACAGCUGCAGCAAUGGCAGCCUCUGUGCUUUUGGCCUCUGCAAUUAUGCUUAA